CCUGUCCCUGAAUCUUGAUCUGUUCUUUUCUGUUUUCCUUUUUGUUGUUCGAAAUAUUAAUAUUGAUCUUAAGUUAAAUUCAUGCAAGGUUGUGGAUCUUUUUGUUUUGAUUUUAGUUUCUAAUGAUGAACAGUUCGUAUUUCUUAAAUAUAUGUGACUUCCCAUGUGUCAAUUAUGUAAAUAUCUCUUUCUCUGCGUUGGUGGGUGACCAUCAAAUUAAAUAGGUGUUGGUUGUUGUGGAGUCGUUCCCCUGCCAUAACGAUAUGGAAGCACUUCAAUUCGGUGCAUUUAUGUAUAUUUUGUUUUCCCAAGAUUUGAACUUUGGCCUGCAUUGAGUUAUUACUGGUGCAAUGUGGAAGUCGAUAGGAGAAAAGUGAUCAGCGUAUACUAUAUCGAUUGGUUUGAAGUUUGCAGGCAAAAAUGUUCCAUUGUAUGAUAUAAAUACAUUGUAGCUCCGGAGAUGAGAUUUUGGAAAGCUUGUGCUUGAUGGACUGUUCACCCUGCAGCAAUAUCGAAAAGACAUUAAAGAGGUGGUUUUUCAUAGAUAAGAGGGUUGGAUAAAAAGCUUCUCAUUACGUAUUCUGAAGUAACGCAUCCUCGUUAAGUAGAGUAACACAUUUUUUGGUAAAGAUUGGUGGAAAUUUGUUCGAUUUCAAUGGACUUAAAGUCGACAAAAGCGUCACCUGUUCUCACUGAUCCUUCGCCUAUAAACAACUCUAUGCUGGGACUCCAUUCCAGUCUCUUUCCUUAUUCACAAUCAGGGCCGUCUUUCUCAAUGAGCACGCUAUCAAUUCCAAGAAGGAAGCCAGGGAAACUGGACGAUGUUCGGUCCAAUGGGUGGCUUGACGCAAUGAAAUCUUCCUCACCUCCCCGCAAAAAGGUUCUGAAGGAUUUCAACAAUGUUGAGCUAUCUUUAGAUGAUGGAGAAAUCGCUUAUCGCUCUUGGAUGAUCAAAUAUCCAUCGGCCCUCAAUUCCUUCCAACUAAUAAUGGACCGUGCAAAGAAUAGGAAGAUAGUGAUGUUCUUAGAUUAUGAUGGAACUCUUUCUCCUAUAGUAGAUGACCCUGAUCGAGCUUUUAUGUCUGCAGAUAUGCGCUCUGCUGUUAAAAAUGUUGCCAAAUAUUUCCCAACGGCCAUCAUCAGUGGGAGAAAUCGUGAUAAGGUUUUUGAGUUGGUAGGACUAACAGAACUCUAUUACGCUGGUAGUCAUGGUAUGGACAUCAUGUUCCCAGCCAGAGAAACAGCAUCCCCAGACCACUUAAAUUGUGUGAAAUCUACUGACCUGCAGGGCAAGGAGGUAAAUCUUUUCCAGCCUGCAAGCGAGUUUUUACCAAUGAUCGAUGAGGUAUUUAGAGCCCUCGUUGAGAUCACUAAAGGUAUAAAAGGAGCAAAAGUGGAGAACCAUAAAUUUUGUGCCUCCGUACAUUAUCGAAAUGUUGAUGAAAUAGUUUGGCCCUUAAUUGCACAAUACGUUCACGAUACCUUGAAAGAUUACCCUCGACUACGGUUAACUCAUGGACGAAAGGUUUUAGAGGUUCGUCCCAUGAUCGACUGGGAUAAAGGAAAAGCAGUAGAAUUUUUGCUUGAAUCCCUUGGAUAUAGUAACAAUAAUGAUGUGCUUCCAAUUUAUAUAGGAGAUGACAGAACUGAUGAAGAUGCAUUCAAGUUAUUGAGAAAGGGGAAUCGAGGUUAUGGGAUUCUUGUAUCUGGUGUCCCUAAAGAAAGCAAUGCUUUCUUCUCUCUCGGGGAUACUUCCGAGGUGAAAGAAUUCCUUGAAUCCCUUGUCAGAAUGAAGCAACAUGAUGCAAAGAUACUUGAGAUUAGCACAGGGCCAUCUGCAUAUAAUACAAAUUCAUCUUAUUUUAAUUAGGUUUUUCAGUUAAUACAAUUUCUACCUAAAGAACUUUUGCAAACUGUAAAGCUUUGUUCUUUACAUUUGAUGGAUUAUGGGGGAUCUAAUUAUGAUCACUCCCCCUAAUUUGUUCUUUCUUUUAUUGUGUUAAAUUUAUUGUCAUUGGAUUUUGUAGAAUGUGUAAAUGUUCUAUUAGUGCUUCAGUGUGAGGUAAUUGUAUAUUAGUUCACAUAUUGUGCACAUUUAGAGCAUAUUUGGUAUGGAGUAAUGACCGGUGCUUCAUUGUUGGAUACAUGUUGAUGACCUUGUAUUAGACGUUAAGUAUAUCAGCUUUUACGUUCUAAAUCAA